CUCACCUAGUUUUUACUCAAGGCCUCUUAUUAUUCUAAUGUCUCUUCUCUAAAUGCACAAGUUUAAGUUCAAAAGGCGUUCAAAUCUACUGGAAGUUGAAAUGGGCAGUUUACGAGGCGCUGUAAAUGCAGCACACUGCAGGGGGCGUUGAGGGACUAUGGGAUGUUUUCCGGGGGGAUGUUCUCCGACGAAAAAGAAGAAGAUCACUAUUGUUGGAGUCGGUCACUGAAGCGGACUUUAGGCUGGGCUCUUGAUCAAAUUCAGUCCUGUCUUCACCGGACCAACGCGGAAGACAAGACGUUUGCGACAGUUAUAUGGGGCAAAGCAGGCUUUAUUAAUUUGAGCCAAAGUUCACAGACUGGCAGAAUGACUGCUCCUGUCCGUGUGAUCGUGGUGGGAGGAGGAUGUCGAGGGGAAGGACACUCCCACUAUGCAUCCAUUCAUCCUGAACGCAUGCAGGUUGUUGCAGUGGCUGAUCCACGGAAAUUUGCACGGAGCAAAUUUCAAAAACAACACAAAAUCUUAGAGGAAAACAUCUUUGAAGACUGGCACGCUGUAGUCGAAAGAGAAAAGUUUGCUGACGCUGUAUUAAUUUGCACCCCGGAUCGCCUCCAUAAGGAACCUGCUGUGGCCUUUGCAAAGAAGGGCUAUCAUAUUCUUCUGGAGAAACCAAUGGCAACGACCGCAGAAGACUGCACAGCGAUUGUGGAGGUUUGCAUUCAGAGCGGCGUGAUGCUGUCUGUGGGUCACGUUCUCCGCUAUGAUCCACUCAUCCACAAGAUAAAGGAACUCAUAGAUGCUGGAGUCAUAGGUGAUGUGUUCCACAUUCAGCACCUGGAACCAGUCGGGUUUUAUCACUUUGCUCACUCGUUUGUUCGAGGGAACUGGAGGAAUGAAGCAGAGAGCUCUUUUGCUCUUCUGGCUAAAUCAUGCCACGACAUCGACCUCAUACAUCACUGGGCUGGAGCGCGCAGGUGUGUGAAGGUGUCAUCAUUUGGAUCUGUCAGCCACUUCAAUAAAGAAAACAAGCCACCAGGUGCUGCAGAUCGCUGCCUUAACUGUUCAGUAGAAAGAGACUGUCCAUACUCAGCGUGCAAAAUCUACUUGGACAGAGUGAAGAAGGGUCACACUGGCUGGCCAGUAUCAGUCAUAUGCCCGAACUCAUUCCCAGACAUCGAGUCAGUAACGGAGGCACUGAAGACUGGACCAUAUGGCCGCUGUGUCUAUGAGUGUGACAAUGACGUCUGCAGUAAUCAGGUUGUCAACAUGGAGUUUGAAGGGGGUCUGACGGCAGCCUUUUCCAUGGUGGCAUUCACUGAGGAGAUUUGCCAGCGAAAAACAACCAUUUAUGGCAGCAAGGGGGAGCUCUACUACAAUGGUCGCGAGAUCCGUGUGUUCGACUUUCUGACCCAGAGAGCCACAAAGCACACUGCAGACACCAACAUUCCCGGGCAGUUUUUUAUGAGUGGGCACGGUGGAGCAGACUACCACCUUAUACAUGCCUUCAUUUCUGCUGUGGCAAACAAUGAUCCAUCGUUGAUACGGUCGGGUCCUGAGGAGACGCUGCUCAGCCAUUUGUUGGUGUUUGAAGCUGAACGUUCACGACUGGAGAGCAGAGUGGUGCACUGCGGUGACACUAAACACAACUGAAGAAAACAAACAAACUACAAAACAUUUUUAACAUAUUUUGUUAUGUCUCCUUAAUAAAUCAGCCUAAUACCUCUAUCAUUAGUGAUUAAACACAUAAUUGAAACAUUAUAUAGUGUAUCUUCAUUUAAUAGUGUGUCAAUGUACUUUGUCAGUUACUUGAGAUUUAUAAGUACACAGACACCUAUGUGCAGUUUACCAGAUGUUUUCUCAACAAUGAUUCGUUUUCCUUAGUCUAACUGAUGUCCCCAGUAAGUAGGAUGAUUGAUGACUGUGAUACUGGUGGCACUCUCUUCUUAAACUGACUAUAACUGAUCUAUGGGUAUGAAGCUGCAGCUGCUCGACCUUUGGGAGAGGAAUGUUGUCCCAUUCUUGUCUGAUUUAGGAUUUAGGAUUGCUCAACAGUCCUGGGUCACAUUUCAUGCCACUCUAAAUGUUUUCAGCUGGUCAAAGGUCUGGACUGUUCAGCACCCAGAAUCUUCUACUUUGAAGCUGUGCUGUUGUAAUGGACCUAUAACAGGUGAUGGUCCUUCUCCUCUUUAGUGUCCAUCGUUUAUUGUUUUUAAUUUUGAUGAUUAUGGCUCACAGAUUAACAAAUUAUUACAAUAUUUAAUAUUGAGUUUAAUUAAAGUACUUUUCAAAUA